UCAUUUGCUAUCAUAUCAUCGGACACGAAUCAAAACUACAAACACUUACCAAAUAACACUUUUAUUAUUAUUUUAUAUUAUUGUUUGUAUACAUUCAUUUUCUUUCUCCAAAAACCCGAAAUCAAAAUGAUGAUCGGAGAAACCCGCCAUCAUCAUCAGAUUGAUGUACCGCCGUGGCAGGAAUCGUAUUCUCCCACGGCGGUACAUAUCUCAUCCCCAGCCUCAUCACCGCCGCUACAAUCAAAUAGCGGUGGUGUAGGCUCUAAUCAUCUCCCUAAUUCCCCCACUUACUACGACGCUGUUUUAGCGUCCCUUCGUCGGUACCUCCUUGCCGACGCCGUUGAUAAGGAGGUUUCUCCGGCGGCGGCGGCGACGGUGGAUUAUUCUAGUGAGGUUGAUUUUUUAUCAGGUGAAUAUGAUGAUGAUUUUUUCAUGUAUGAUUUUAAGGUACGUAAGUGUACUCGGGCUCGGGCCCAUGAUUGGACUGAGUGUCCCUUCGCCCAUCCUGGCGAGAAGGCGAGGCGAAGGGACCCGAGGAAGUUUAGCUAUUCGGGGACGGCGUGUUCCGAGUUUAGGAAAGGAGGAUGCAAGAAGGGUGACGGGUGCGAGUUCGCUCACGGGGUGUUCGAGUGCUGGCUACACCCGACCCGGUUCCGGACCCAGGCUUGUAAGGACGGGCCCGGGUGUAAGCGCCGGGUUUGUUUCUUCGCCCACACGCCUGAUCAGCUCCGGACCGGGCCGGGCCUCGGUAGCCCGAGAGGAAGUGGGCUCGUCUCGGGCUCCGAGGAUAGCACCAUCAACACCCCGUCUGUAGGCGACCUCAUGGCUUCCAUCAGGAACCUACAACUAAACAAGGUCAAAUCCAUACCGAGCUCGUGGGGGAGUCAUCCCAUGCACGUGAAUGGCUCGCCUGUAUUCGGGUCCCCUUGCGGGGUUGGGACUCCCACGGCGAUUAAUCGGGCUGGGUUCUUUAGCCUGCCGACAACCCCAACCCGGCCGAGGAUCGGGUAUUGGGAUAAUCAAGAUAUUGGUGAAGAAGAUGAGCAGCCUGUGAUGGAGAGGGUUGAGUCUGGUAGGGAGUUAAGGGCUCGGAUGUUCGAAAAGUUAAGCAAAGAAAAUCCUCUUGAUGGGUCGGGUAGCCCACUUUCGACAUCGGCACCCGGACCGGGUCCUGAUUUCGGGUGGGUGUGUGAUCUUAUUGAGUGAUUGAAUUACCACACCCUAGAAUACACACCCAUUUGGAUAUUAUGAGUACGUAAAGCCAAUAUUUUCUUACCAUGGAGUAAAUUAUUUAGGAUCACGGUGAUUUGUGAAGAAAAAUAAUUUCACUCAAAAAAAAAAAAAAAUUAUUUUUUCCAAUUUUUUUUUCCCCAAGAAUUUUUAACUAAAAAAUUUGGGUAUUAGAAGCAUUAAUUAAUUAUUUACUACUCAUAUUAUAAUUAUGAUUAGUUCAUUUUAAUUUUUUUUUUUAAAAUCUGGCAGUCUAAAACAAUUCUGCUGACUCAAAGGAAGUACCCAUUAAUUUUGGGAGAUUUCAAGAUUUACUAUGAAAGGAAUUAUAUUGUAGAUAAAACUUUCCCAAAUAUGUGGGGGUGUUAAGGAAUCCAAAAAAAAAAAAAAAAAAAAACUUUUUUUUUCAAUUUAUUUUUAAUUUUUCUACCUGGGGGACAAUCUGGAAGGUCCUAGAUUUGCCAAGAAAAAGGAGGAAGAUCUUAUUUUGUACAGCUGAAGCCUACUCUUUAUUUUUUUUUACCAAGCUACCUAAGAAGGAAAAUGAAGAGGAAGACAAGUAAUUUCCCAUUUUAAGCAUGUAAUUUUUCGUAUCGAUUAUUAUUGCUAUGAGUUAUGAUAGGUCGAUAAUGAGUUUUAUGAUGAUUAAUCGUUGUUAAUUAGCUUUGAAUUAUCUAUAUUUAGGUUGUAAAUAUUGUGAACUACUCUUACAAUUAUUAUAUAAUGGUAAUGUAUAAUUAUUUGUUUGCUAUUUUUACCGAGUGAUUGGAUUUUGUA